AUGUCUGGGAAGGGCAAUUCUGGCUCCAGUAGCUCCGGCUCGUCUGGCUCGGGAAACUCUCUCGGUCACCCAUAUACUGUCAACAGCAGUGGUACCAACAGUCAAGGUAACAGCUACGAUAACCGCUCCACUCCCUCUGGUGAGACUUAUCACUACAGCAAUAAUGCUCGCCUUCAGUGUGCUAACGAAAGAUAUCGCCGAACAGAUGGCUCGUACUACUACUCCAACGGUAAUGGAUCUACCUACCACAAUACCGGCAGUGGCUCUACCUACACUGCUCCCGAUGGCUCUGCAUACAAGAAGUAA